GCAAAUAAGUACCAGAUGUAAAAUAAAUAUCCAGCUGUGCGUGUAUGGAAUUGUAAUUCGCAAAAACUAAAUUGCAUCAAAAAUUUGAUUUUUGUUCCUUAUUCUUACCAUGAGGAAGAGGAUGACAGGUGGUCGGCUAGUACCACGGAAUUUCGGUGAAUUUCGUAGAGCCACAAGUUCAAAAGGUUUCUCAUGAAAUUACACGGGCCUUGACUCAAAUGACUAGUUUCCCACAAUGCAUCGGGUCUAAUCGAUAAAUCCGAAAUAUUUUAUAUUAUUUUGUUUGCUUAAACAUUCGAUAUCUGUCUUUUGCCCUAGUAGCUUUAGCGUGGGCCCUCAUUUCUGAGUCAAAGUUGUUUGGCUGAGUUUACAGUUUGCACUUUCACACCAUAAGGUAACUUGAAAAUUCAGGGGAAAAAAAUUGCCUAUUGUCUGGUCACAGGGUAGGGCCGCACGUCACCUGUGUGUUGGUUUAAAUGGUCCAUUCAGUCAGUAGUAAACUCCAGCAACGGAUGCCACGUAAAGAGCUCUGUUGACAAGCAGCUGGACAUACCAAUACAGAUUAGAUAAUUCACGAGGAAAUAUUUCAGCAGGAACACAUGGAUCUGGACGAGGUUUGGGUGUUUUUGGGAGACUUUGGUCGAUACCAAACCUUAGCUUAUAUCCUGAUCACGCUUGUCGGGACAUGGUUACCAGCAUGGCAGAUCUUCGGAAUUAUCUUCACCGGCCAUCAACCACCGUUCCACUGCCGGGCAAGCCCGGGAUUCUCGCUGAAUGAGAGUGUGCCUUUUAACGAAACUUUCUCGCAAUGUGACAUGUUCGAAGUGUUGCAGGAUAGAAAUGGAACUUCCUUUAUCAAUACGAGCCAAGAAGUGAAAUGCAGAAACGGAUACGACUAUCAGCCCAUUUAUGGCGAAAACACCAUUGUUAUGGAGCUCGACCUUGUCUGUGACCAAGAAAUCCUCGCCAGUACCGCUCAAUCCAUCUUGUUCACCGGCGUGUUGGCUGGGGCUUUCAUCUUUGGUCAUCUCUCGGACCUCAUCGGUCGGAAGACAGUUCUGCUACUCAGUGUAUUACUCCAAGCAGGUGCUGGUACUGCUAUCUAUUUUGUGUACGAGUAUCAUUGGUUCGCCAUGCUGUGGUUCUUUAUCGGAAUGUUCGAGCAGGGUAUGAACCUGACUGAGUAUGUACUCAUCAUGGAGAUGUUUUCUCCCAAGAAGCGAUCCAUUGCAGGUUGUAUCAACAACAUCUCUUGGGGAGUGGGCGUGACCCUGUUGGCUCCCAUCGCGUACUUUCUCAGAGAUUGGCGUAAAAUGCAACUUGCUAUCUCAGUGCCGUGUGUUGUGGCCAUACCGCUCUGGUUUAUAUUGUAUGAGUCAGUCAGGUGGCUGCUUUCUAGAGGGCGACAUAAAGACGCUUUUCGAAUCUUGCACCGGAUCGCUCGAUUCAAUCGAAUAACUCCACCCCCUGGUGGAUUCAGCGUCAUCCACGAAGGUCAUACCAUUCGCGAAUCGGAUGAAUUAAACGAAGCCAGUGUCUCUUAUGGCAACGGUAACCUUGCAACAGUUGAGACUAAGACAUCUGAGGUCCAGAGAGAUGAAGGAUCAAGUGAGGACAAGGCAAAGAAAGUGAAGACUCAUACUUUGAUUGACAUCUUGAGGAGCUGGAGAAUACUGCGAAAUCUCCUCAUAAUGUGUUUCUCCUGGUUUGUCAACAGCAUGGUAUACUACGGCGUUUCACUGUACAGUUCCAACCUGGCUGGCGAUAAAUACUUCAAUUUCUUCUUGAUAGCUUUGGUGGAGAUACCUGCUUACGUCCUUACAAGCUUCACCAUGAUCUGGUGGGGGCGUCGCCCAUCUUUGCUCCUGUUCCAUCUCCUUGCUGGAAUUGCUUGUGUGGUUACAGCUUGUUUACCCAGAGACACAGAAGACGCAGCAGACUAUGAGAUUCCAAUCGUGGUUAUGGCAGUGUUUGGCAAAUUCUGCAUUACGUGUAGUUUCGGCGUGGCUUUCCUCUACAGCACAGAGAUAUUUCCAACACCAGUCAGGAAUAUCGGUUUUGGCAUGUCGUCGUUCUGUGGACGAGUUGGAAGCAUUGUUGCACCGUUUGUUGUGUACCUUGACAAAGUGUCUCACUUCAUCCCUCUGAACAUCUUUGGAGGUCUAAGUCUUCUAGCUGCAGGACUGGUUCUCGUUCUACCGGAGACAAGAAAUAAACCACUCCCCGAGACUAUCGAGGAAGCAGAGAGUCUAGGUCGAAUGACAUCACCCAGCAACCGAGGCAGUGCAAGCAAAGAUGUAACAUCAGUGCAUGGGGAGACCACUGGCCCUCCUAACAAUGGGAUGGUGAAUGUUGCUAUGCAGGACGAAAAUGAUUGGCUGUGAGAGAUAGCAAAUAUGGAGCCUAGCUAGGAAUGUGAUGUAACAUUCAGUCUUACGAUUGCUGAUCAUAGAAGUAUAGAAUUGGGAUAGUCUGAUGUAACGAAACCGUUAAAACGACUUGGAGUUGGGCUAAGCUAUUGUGUUUGUCGAAGAAAUGGGUUGGGUGAGCCUUGGGGAGGAUUUAGACAGUGGGGCUGGGGGACAAAGGAGUGCAUUGACAUUACUCAAUGCAAGACGUGAAAACGGACCGUCAUUGGGCACUGUUUCGUUUCGUUUCCGAAAUAUACUUCCAAGACUUGAAAAGAGAUCUUUAUAUUGCUCGAGUUGCAGAUAUACCGCUAAACGACUUAUGUGUGAAAAAACUUCAGAACUUUUUAGUAUGUUAUGUUUUUAAUUAGGCGUGGUAUUUCCGUCAAUAUAUACUGGACGAAUUUGGAUAAUUACGCGAAUCAUUUAGGUGUGUUAGAAAAUCACCUCAUUUAUUAUCAUAUAUAACCAAUGGUAAAAAUCGCGAUUAUGACAGUGUGAAACUUUUUCUCCUUUUUAAGUGGCUUUUCAGUCAACGUGGAGCCCACAGAAUAUUUAACAGAUUUCUUUCGCCAUUUUUUCGUUAACACAGAAGAAAAUGAUCAGGAGAACUGGCGUACACCUGCUGAAAUGUCAGUAACGUGUCACAAUCGGUUCAAUUUCACCCCCUGUAUUCUUUGCUUUUAAGUGUAUAUAAGAUUUUUAAAACAUUUUACGCACGCAGAAAUACGUAAAAUAGCAUUACAUGUACUGUCAUGUUUGGAUGUGUUUACUCAUCCUAUAAGUUGUCAGGAGUAUAAUCGUAUAUAGGCCUACUAGUUGUGUUCAUGUAUGCAUUCAUUACAGUAACUGAGUUUGGUCGGUGUUUAUAUAUCAAAAGUGCGAUCAAGUUUUAUACGGGGUAAGUGAAAUGCAAAUAUUGCUGCUAUUCCUGUCACUAAGCUUUCCAUGGAACUAUAAGUGAAGAAAAAAAAGUUUGUAAUUUAUGCAGAGUGAGAGCGAAUUUAAAUGGCAGUAUUUAAAAAAAUUUCUCCACACAAAUAUAACAAUUCAGUAAUGAAUGAAAAUGGAAAUCGGAAAUGUCAAACGCUACCCUCGAAAAAUUAAUAAUCGUCACAAUUUUUCCUUGUAUAAGGAAUGUUUAUACAACACGUGUUAUAAAAGACAUUAUUGAAUCAUUAUUUGAAUGUUUUAUAUUUUGGAGUGACGUGUCAAUUUUAUCCAAAAGAAUCAUCCAUUUAUUUCUUGUCUUAAAUCCUGUAUUUUAUCAAAUAUAGGAUAAUUCAUUCCUUACCAUUCUGUCGGAAAUUUUUUUGGUUUUUUUUUUUAAGCUACAUAGCUUUAACUCAAAAGGGGCCUAAAUAAUGUAAGGUUAUCCAUUACGGGGGAAAUUUUUACCAAUAAAUUUUCAUGUUUGAAACAAUUUCCAAAUUGUGAGGCAAACCCCAGGCAACCUUUUUUUCAUAGGAGGGACCCACUGAAAAGAUAUCCUUACUACAAGACUAACCAUUGCAUUGCAAACCCUUCCGAAUGUUUUGCAGGGGAGGGGGGAAUUUAAGGUAAAUAUAUAAACGCCCAUCAAUGACAUUUCUAUCAAUGAAAUACCAAAUGAAAGGAUCUUUAUUCUAUUAUUUUAGAAAAUGUAUGUUUCCUGAGGAAUUGUUAUAGUCUUAUAGUUCCCAUCAACUAAUAAGCAUAAAUAUACAUAGUAGCAUGUGCUUCAAAGUUUCUUCCCUGUUUAUUUAUAUCUAAUAUCACGUAUUACGUGAUAAUAGACUGAAAUUAAACUGAAACAAAAGCUUUCUGAAA